AUGUGGAGGCAGAUGGCUUGGAAUGCUUGUAUGGUUCUAGUGUUCGAUGGUUUAGUGGUACCCCAGAGAGCGAUUCCGAAAACGUUUAAUCUAAUUUAUCCUUUUAUAGAUCAACUAGAUAUUCUACAUCAACAAAAUAAUCUCGAUCCACUAAAAAUUCUAGAUCAACAAAAUCUUCAAAAUCGACAAAAUCUACUAAAGCAACUAAUAACUCUAAAUCAACAAUAUAUUCAAAAUGAUCAUCUUAUUCUAACCAAUCUCUUGAACGAUUAUGUAAGAUUAACGGUUUUUAAAAAUAACUUCAGUAAGUAUACAUAUCUAGUUAUCAAUAGUGUUAUAUUUUAAUAAUAAAUAACAUAUACUGUGAUUAUUGAAUUCAUAAUAUUAUAUAGUAAUAUAGAUGAUUAAGGUGGUUCCAGUCAGUCAAUAAAAAAUAUUUUAGACCCUCCGACGUAACAAGAUUGUGGGACUUUAGACGGUUCGAUUUUAACGCUGUAAAAAUAAUUUCUGUACAUCAUUUCAAAGAGAAUGGUGGGAGCUUUUUCUUAAAGUUUGAACUUUUAACAAUUUUAUAAUAUUUAUAAAUUUCAGUUUUUGUGUAUUUUUUUGCUCCCAUAGCUGAUCUAAAUCCACUGUAUUCCUGAUAGUACUUAUUGGCUU